CUUUAGGGGAACUGUGGUAGAUUGUAGUGGGGAGAGUGAAGAUUCAGAACUCUGGUGGUGGGAAUGGUGUGGAUUCAAACCCCUGUUGACAUGUAAUUCUGCAAUAUAAAAAUAAAAUAAUAAAAAAUAGGAAAGCUUCUAAUUGAAAGGAUGGGAUAUGGAACUCUGGUGGUGGAAAAAUGUAUGGAAUUGUGCCCCUGUUAUCUUAUAAUCUUGUUAAUCAUUAUUAAAUCACUAAUAAUUUUUUUGUUUGGGAGAUACCUAGACCUUAAAUUGAGCUAAUCCACAGAAAAUAUCUCCUACAUGAGAGCUCUCUGUCAAGGCUUAAAGAGGUGACUAUUUUCCCUAACACAAAAAUGGCAAGGAAAAGGAAGGAAGAGAGUAAUAAUUUCCAAGCAAAAGAAAAAAAAGACAAAACUCUAAAAAUAAAAAAACUGCUUUUGACACUCGGCGGCUGUAGGGGCACAGAUCCACUUCCCAGCCUGCUCUUGCCUUGCUCUGCUCUCUUCCUCAACCAUGUCUGUCUGACCAGCCCGAUAUGGCUGAGAUUGAGAAAUUCGGUAAGUCGAAAUUGAAGAAGACAAAAACACAAGAGAAAAAUCCCCUGCCUUCAAAAGAAACAACUGAAUAGAAGCAAGCUGGUGAAUCUUAAUGAGGCAGGCGUCUCCAAUAUACACACUGUA